UGUAUCCGGAUCUGAAUCAUAUCUCUCAGUCCGCCAUGGCAAAACCGACCGCCUCCCUCUUCCAAACCCUCAAGCGCUACAUCAAGAAGCCAUGGGAGAUAACGGGGCCUUGUGCCGAUCCGGAGUACCGUUCUGCCUUGCCUAAAGCCACGGAAUACCGAUUAGCGUGUCCGGCCACCUCCCCGCUGAAGGCGAUCGUACCUACCUCCGAUCCGGAGACCGUCUUCGACAUCAAGUACUAUACCCGCGACCAGCGCCGCAAUCGCCCCCCGAUUCGCAGGACGGUGCUCAGAAAGGCCGAUGUUGAAAAGAUGAUGAAGGAGAAGACAUUCGAUAUCAACGACUUUCCUAGGGUUUAUUUGACAGCGAAAGUUGAGGAGGAUUAUAAUGCCGUUGGUGGUGGCUACCAGAAAUGAGGUGUGGGAUCAUGGCAAAGAGCUCAGACAGCAUUCCCUGACUUCCUUCUUUUUCUCUCUGUUAUUAUCACUGAAGUAAUGCAGGUAAUUCUAGCAUGGCAAUUUCUUGCGACUAUACUGUAGUUGAGGAAGAUGCAGUGUCCAACAUUAAUAAAGACAGUUGUCUGGAUCUUGUUUUAUCUGUUUAUUCUGGUUGCAUAUGUGUUUGUAUAGAUCCAAAUGCAACUGCAGCUGAUUGAUGAACACUUUGACUGAUCUCUCAAGGUUGUAUGAUUUUCUUAUGAUUAUCUAUUAAAACUUUUCACUACAU